AUGGCCAACUUUCGCGGAUUCUACAUACCAUCCUUUGGAGCGACCAUCAACGUUGCCUGGGAAACACUGAAGGCGAAAUGGCCGGAGAAUAGUCCCUGUAUGGAACUUAUUCGCGGUCCUGGCCAGCAACAGCCUCCGGGACAGAAUAUCCAAGGGGAAUUUAAAUCGUUCGACGAGGGUCACGAUAACACGGAAAUGAUGACCAUGAACGGAGAACAAGCCUAUCGGGACCAGAACAACGUAGCCAUCGCCGAGGAUUCGUUCAGCUAUCAACGAAACGGUGACAAAAUGAGGACAGGAAGCGUCAGUAGCGGUGAAUUCAGCGAGUACGACGAGGGUGGCGGCGAAUUCGGAACGGGGGUAAAAAUUAACGAAUGGCAGGCUGCGUGGAAUGUUACAAACGCCAUACAGGGUAUGUUCAUCGUGUCGUUGCCGUUCGCCGUUUUACGAGGCGGUUACUGGGCUAUCGCCGCGAUGAUCGGCAUAGCGCAUAUCUGUUGCUACACCGGCAAGAUCCUCGUCGAAUGUUUGUACGAGCUGGACACAGUGACGGGUCAACGUGUACGUGUACGGGACUCGUACGUGGCGAUCGCGAAAGAAUGCUUCGGUCCGACGUGGGGCGCAAGAGUGGUGAACAUCGCCCAGAUCAUCGAGCUCCUGAUGACUUGUAUAUUGUACGUUGUCGUGUGUGGGGACCUAAUGAUAGGCACGUUCCCGGAGGGUGCGAUCGACACCAGAAGUUGGAUGAUGCUAACCGGUAUAUUUCUCUUGCCGCUCGGUUUCUUGAAGUCGUUACAGCACGUCUCGGUGCUCAGCUUCUGGUGCACGAUGUCCCAUCUGUUCAUAAACGCGAUCAUCGUCGGCUACUGUAUCCUGGAGAUCGGCGACUGGGGCUGGUCGAAGGUAAAAUGGACAAUGGAUAUGGAGAAUUUCCCGAUUUCCCUCGGUGUGAUCGUCUUCAGCUACACCUCGCAGAUAUUUCUGCCGACGUUGGAGGGCAAUCUGAUCGAUCGCUCGAAAUUCGACUGGAUGAUCAAUUGGAGUCACAUAGCCGCCGCGGCGUUCAAGUCGCUGUUCGGUUGGAUCUGUUUUCUGACGUUCCAGAACGACACGCAACAGGUGAUCACCAAUAAUUUACACUCGGCCGGCUUCAAGGGUCUGGUGAACUUCUGUUUGGUUGUGAAGGCUGUCCUGUCCUAUCCGUUGCCCUAUUACGCGGCCUGCGAGCUCCUCGAGAGAGCGUUUUUCCGUGGCCGACCGAAAACAAUAUUCCCAACGAUAUGGACCGUGGACCGUGAGCUGAAAGUCUGGGGUCUCGCGUGGCGGAUCGGCGUGAUCGUUUUCACGAUCCUGAUGGCGAUCUUCAUUCCCCAUUUCAGCAUUCUGAUGGGCUUCAUCGGUUCGUUCACGGGCACAAUGCUCUCGUUCAUAUGGCCGUGUUACUUCCAUCUGAAGCUGAAGAGAAACUCCAUGGAAUGGAGCGCGGUAGCGUACGAUUGCUUCGUCAUAUUCCUCGGCGUUCUGUUCGGCGUGAUCGGUGUAUACGAUUCGGGUUCUGCCCUGAUUAACGCGUUCGAGAUCGGUCUGCCAUUCUGAACGAUCCUUUUCAGUCCAGCUGCCCCGACUUUCGUUCGCCUUUUACGAAAAUUAUUCUCUUCCGUUCUAGAACGUAGAUCGAAUUACAGUUCGCGUCAGCUGCUGACCCAUGUGUUUUCUUAACAUUCGUACAGUCUCUUCUGAAUCACAAGGUAGAAAAUAAUGCUAUAUCCGAGAUGUUUCCCUUGAACGCGAAUAAUUUUAGCUUCCGUGGUGUUUCCCUCUUUGCAGUAUCCUUUACG